CUCAUCCACUCUAAUCUCGUCGCCUAAUCACUGUGGUUCAUAGCGGGUGGGCUGGCCAAGUUUUAAGGCUAUCAGCGACUGGAGCUUUCCCCGGAUUCUCCGUUAUAGUCUUAAACUCCUUCGUCUUAUCACUUAACUCUUGAUUGUCCUGAGUUCGUGGCCUCUCCACGCCCCCGCGUGGACGUCGGCUGGCGCCAUCAUGGGAUGGGCGGCCAUCGACUGGUCGCGGUGGAUUACGAAUCCUUUCUAUGCCUUGGUCAUCCUCAUAAUUGCGUGUGGAAGCAUUCCCAAAGGCUACGAUGAGGGUGGCUUCAGUGCUAGCGUCAAGCUCGAGUCAUUCCAAAUAGACUACAAUCUGGUACGCUCUUACUGGGAACACGAUGCAGCUGGACUGGCCAACCGCAAAGCCAAUAUCACUUCGUUCAACGUGCUAGGAGCAGCUUUUGGCGCCUUGUUCUCCUUGGACUUGAACGACCGCCUCGGUCGAUUGCCCGCCUGGCGUUUGGCCUGUCUUGUUUGGGCAUCUGGCUUGUUCGUCCAGGUCUUCUCCUCGGGCAUCUAUGGACUGUUGCUGUUUGCCAGGAUAUGGGCUGGCCUUGGAGCGGGUGCGUUGACAGUGGUUGCUCCUCUGUAUUUGUCAGAAAUAGCUCCUGCGAAAACCAGAGGCUUGGUUGUAAGCACAUUUAUGGUGAUCUUGCUGCUUAUAUUGGCCAUGGGGUUCUUCAUCAACUAUGGCGCUUCUUUGCACAUGGCUCCCACCCGCAUGCAGUACCGUUUAGUGCAGUCGAUUCCUUUGAUCCCAGUCGGGAUUGCCUUCAUCGCCUCCUUCAUGGUCCCUGAAACGCCCCGCUACCUUGUCUCAAAGCAACGCCAUGAAGAGGGACGGGCCGUCCUAGCUCGUCUCCGUGGCAAAGAUAUCAAGGACCCGGAUGUGGAAGAUGAGUUCAAUGCCAUCGACGCUCAAGUUCGAGCCAAGGCAGCAGAUCUGAAAUCUGUCACGCAUUGGCAAGCUUUCAAAGAAUCCCAGACCAAUCCCAAUUAUCGGCAGCGGUUCUGGCUACUGAUCGCCAUCCAAACCAUCGCUCAAUGGACUGGUGGCAAUGGAAUUACCUACUACAUUGCUACGAUUUUCCAGUAUGCUGGCGUUUCUGGAAAUGGAAACUCCUUGAUAUCUUCCGGUAUUUAUGGAAUCAUCAAACUCGUCUUCACGAUGGCUUUCACAUGGGGUCUAAUCGAUUACCUGGGUCGGCGCCGCUGCACCUUGGCCGGUUUAACCCUCCAACUUGCCGCCCACAUCUACAUGGGCAUCUACAUGGGACUUCGCCCCGGCUCGAGCCACAAUCAGUCGGCGUCCAACGCCGCGAUUGCCUCCGUCUUCGUCUACGCCAUUGGCUGGUCCAUCGGCCUCUGCACCGUCCCCUAUCUCUACGGUGCGGAAAUCUUCCCCACCCGCAUCCGCAACGUCAGUUACGCCCUGAGCAUGGCGCUGCAUUGGUUCUUCCAAUUCGCCGUCGUGCGCGUCACGCCCCUCAUGUUCGUCUCCCUGCAUAUCUGGGGCGCAUACCUCUUCUGGUCCAUCAUCUGCUUCCUAGGGAUCAUCAUCCUGGGUGUCCUGAUGCCGGAGACUAAAGGCGUCCCCAUGGAGCGCAUGGGCGAUUUGUUCGAUUACCCGUGGUAUUCACGCUGGCGCGCCAAGCCGAAGGAUGUCGUCUCAAGCUCGUCUUCUGCCACGGCUGGUGCUAACUCUUAUAUCACUGCCCGUGGACCUCUGGACCACAAACACCCGGAUUCCAAGGAUCGACAUUGUGAUCCUUAAAGUCAAUCUGUCAAUCGAUAUGACAGCUUACACCCUUACGUGAUAUGUAUCUAUGAGCAUUCCCCAGGAUACCCCUUUACUUAAUCUAUAAUAUAUAUGACCGC